UCUCAGUUUUAUUAACAAUUCAAGUGGUCUCAAACUGCCAGCCCAACUACUCCAUGAUGUUAGCGUUAUCACCACCUAGUUGGUUUUCCAACAAUGGAUCAUCUUCUUACUUCCACCAAUAUUCCAUAAGCCAAGACCAGAACUAUGUCCACAGAGACAACGACACAUUAGAGUCUGCUCUUCAUUUCCUUUCCUGCGAGACCGUACAAGAAGUCGGUCUUGACCCAGCAACAGCACCAACUCCUGUUAGUCAUGGUGACCCAAAAAUGGUUAAGAAGUUUAACCACAAUGCUAGCGAGCGUGAUCGGCGCAAGAAGAUGAAUGGUUUGUACUCCUCUCUCCGUUCGCUGCUUCCAGAGGCAGAUCAAAUGAAGAAACUAAGCAUUCCGACCACGGUUUCACGGGUGCUAAAAUACAUACCAGAGCUACAGAAGCAAGUGGUGGGACUGAUUCAAAACAAGGAAGAGCUUUUAUCAAUGAUUUCUAGUCAAACAGAUAUUGAAACUCAACAUGAACAUGAGAUGAUGAACCAACCUAAAACUAUCGCUCGGAGUUCUUUGUCUACUGUUUCAGCAAGUCGACUUAAUGAUACGGAAGUUAUGAUACAAAUAUCCACAUGUAAGAUCAAUAAUAAUACUCCAUUAUCUGAGAUCCUUCUCAGUUUAGAGGAGGUUGGACUUCUACUACUAAAUGUGUCAUCCUUUGAGUCCUUUGGAGGGAGGGUCUUUUAUGGUCUUCAUCUUCAGGGAGAAAGAAAUCAAAUAUUGGAGUUCGAGAUUCUGAGUGAGAAACUCAUGUCCCUGUAUGAUAAGAGAGAAGCUCCAUUGCCCUGAAACCGGGCUCUAGAUAUUUUAACCAGACAACUGGUGCACAGAAGCAAGCUAGUGUGAAGUAGAUGUGCACGUGUGCAGAAACAUUAACCGAUUGAUGAACAAAUUAUAGGCCGGAAAUUUGCUUGGCAUGCAUGCAUGGCCUGCCUAUUUUUAUAAAACGCAGUAUCUCUUCCCUUCGAAAGGAAAUAUUUGUGGUUCUUUGUAAUCCUAUAGUUGCCAAUGAUCGAUCAAACAGGUUGAGCUGGGCUAGCUUGGCAUAAGCAUAUUGAAUCAUGAUGACUAGCUUUGCCAUUCUAAAUACAGUAAUUUUAAUAGAGAAAUGUUUAGCUACAAAGAUUUUGUAAAAGAUUUGACGUAAUUUGAUGUGGUACGUAUGUUAAAUUGUAGAUUUACUUUUAUUGUAAAA